GGUGCAGGCCCCGCCCUCACCAGCCCCUCCCCGCAGUGGCAGCCUGGGCCGGUCUGACAGUGCCACCAAGAUGAGCGCCAAGGACCUGUUUGAGCAGAGGAAGAAGUACUCCAACUCCAACGUCAUCAUGCACGAGACCUCCCAGUACCACGUGCAGCACUUGGCCACGUUCAUCAUGGACAAGAGCGAGGCCAUCGUGUCCGUGGACGACGCCAUCCGGAAGCUGGUGCAGCUGAGCUCCAAGGAGAAGAUCUGGGCGCAGGAGAUGCUGCUGCAGGUCAACGACCAGGCCCUGCGGCUGCUGGACAUGGAGUCGCAGGAGGAGCUGGAGAACUUCCCGCUGCCCACCGUGCGGCACAGCCAGACGGUGCUGAACCAGCUGCGCUACCCGUCGGUGCUGCUGCUCGUGUGCCAGGACUCGGAGCAGAGCAAGCCCGACAUCCACUUCUUCCACUGCGACGAGGUGGAGGUGAGUGGGCUGGGGGCGUGGGGAGGAGGUGGGGGCUACGAACCCACGCCAGCCAUGGCCAAGUACGUCAAGGUUCUCUACGACUUCACGGCCCGAAACGCCAAUGAGCUGUCGGUGCUCAGGGACGAGGUCCUGGAGAAGCAGCAAGGAGGGUCGGAGCUGGAGGAACUCAUGAGCAAGUUUCAUUCCAAGAACCAGAAGAGGCUGGAGGGCGACAGCUAG